AUGGAUCACAGGCAUGGCCACCGGGGAUGGGAGAGGAGCAGCGUCGAGGAGAAUAGGAGCACCGCAGGCGUCGCAGAAACGUCCUCGCGCCUGCUGCCCGGGGGGACGGGGUCGAAUCCCACGGAUCCGUCCGACGAGAACAUACCCCUCCCCGUCUUCAUCUCUGGGGAUGGCGGAGAAAUACCCGUACACCCGUAUUACCAAGAAUAA